AUGCGACUUAUGGGGUGCAUGGUAGGGCACUCCUCCACGGUUGGUGAUGAAGAACGUGAACAACGAAAGGUAAUUUCAGUGAAUAAGCAGAUUGAAGAACAAUUGCAAAAGGACAAACAACUGUUAAGAGCUACACAUCGACUGUUGUUGUUGGGGGCUGGUGAGUCAGGCAAGAGUACAAUUGUGAAGCAGAUGCGUAUAUUGCAUAUUAAUGGAUUCAAUGAAAAAGAAAAGAAGGAAAAGAGUAGUGAUAUUCGAAGGAACGUUCGAGAUUCCAUGAAGGUAAUGUUGACAGCGAUGGAAGAGAUCGACCCUCCGGUACAAUUAGAUGAUCCAUCAAAUGAACCUAGUAAAGAAUACCUUAUAACGACCGCUUGCGCACCCGAUUUUGACUUUCCUCAGAUAUUUUACGAUCAUGUGGAGAAGUGCUGGGCUGAUCGAGGUGUACAAAGUUGCUACGAGAGGAGUAAUGAAUAUCAGUUAAUAGACUGUGCUAAAUAUUUUCUGGAUAAAGUAGCCGAUAUUCGGCAAAACGAUUAUAACCCAUCCGAACAGCAUCCCAGAGAGAUCCCUUUGACUCGAUGCUUGUUUUAUCUCGCGCCGUUCUGCUGGGGCGCUCUCAUGUCACAUUGGGCAUUGUUAUGUCGGCAAUCUGUUCAUAAAUACGCAUUCAUAAGAUGUAUGUUCGAUGUGGGAGGCCAAAGGGAUGAGCGUCGCAAAUGGAUUCAGUGUUUUAACGACGUAACAGCGAUCAUUUUUGUAUGCGCCAGUUCAUCGUACAAUCUAGUUUUGUGGGAAGAUGCCACUCAGAAUCGUUUAAAAGAGUCACUGGCACUCUUCAAGAACAUUUGGAAUAAUCGUUGGCUGAAGACUAUUUCUGUUAUCCUCUUCUUAAACAAACAGGAUUUAUUGGAGGAAAAAAUAAAAUCAAAACGACAUCUCCUUGAAACAUACUUUCCCGAAUUUGCAAAUUAUCAGCUGCCAGCUGACGCCACAUACGAUGCAUCUGAUGAUCCGGCAGUUGUCAGGGCCAAAUAUUUCAUUCGAGGCGAAUUUUUGGCAAGUUAUUUGACUAGUAUUAAUGGUUUAUUGCUGGGGAGAAUUUCAACAGCUGCUGGUGAUGGUCGACACCACUGUUAUCCACAUUUUACGUGUGCAGUGGACACGGAGAACAUCCGUCGGGUGUUCAAUGACUGCAGGGACAUAAUACAACGUAUUCAUCUGCGUCAAUACGAACUCUUGUAG